CUAAUUGAUCGGAGCUUGUCCACAUCUCUGCCAUUGUUGCCGAAUCCGAAGCUUUCCUAUCUUCUUCUCCUUCUUUCUCGGAGAUUCUCGUCUCAGCUGUAGAUUGUAACUUAGGUUUCUCUCUUAUCGAUUUGUAAUUCAAUCUAUCGAUUGCUGUAAUGCUCUGUUCUAUUUAUCGAUUUUUGAAUUAGGGCAAUUCCUCGUAGUUUCUUUCGAUUCGUGUAUUGAUUAUAGUCCCCCAAGAUGGAGAAUUCGCGUAGACCGUUUGAUAGAUCCAGAGAUCCGGGGCCGAUUAAGAAACCCAGGCUCAGCGACGAACCAAUCCGGCAGCUUCAGUCGCAGAGACCGCUCGGUGGUGCCGCGGCGUCGUCGUCGUCAAGGUUUCGAGCUGGUGGUGGUGGGAGAGAAGCGGAGAGUAGUAGCGAGGCGUAUGAGCCGCAACUGGUUCAUCCGCAUUACGAGCUUGUGAAUCAGUAUAAGUCGGCUUUAUCCGAGCUCACGUUCAACUCGAAGCCGAUAAUUACGAACCUGACGAUAAUCGCUGGGGAGAAUGUUCAUGCUGCAAAGGCCGUCGUGUCCACCAUUUGCAAUAACAUCAUAGAGGUACCAAGUGAUCAGAAGCUGCCAACGUUGUACCUGUUGGACAGCAUUGUGAAGAACAUUGGAAGAGAUUACAUUAAGUACUUUGCUGCCAGGCUGCCUGAGGUAUUUGUUAAGGCCUAUAGACAAGUUGACCCUCCUAUGCGUUCUAACAUGCGGCAUCUUUUUGGAACCUGGAAAGGAGUCUUUCAUCCGCAAAUACUUCAGCAAAUUGAGAAAGAACUUGGCUUUAAUGCUAGAAGUGAUGGCUCAGCAGCUGCUGUUACCACUGGCAGAACUGAUCUGCAAUCUCAGCGACCACCAAAUAGCAUCCAUGUGAAUCCCAAAUAUCUAGAAAGGCAACGCCUCCAACAGUCAGGGCGGACAAAAGUAAUGGUUACGGAUGUCCCUGAUAUCGCAUCCAAUUUGACUAGGGAUCCAGAUAGACUGGAGAGAGUUUCAAGCACAGCUUCUGGAGGCUUGUGGGCAGGUCCAGCUAAAGUGAAUACCAUUCGACGACCUCAGAAAGACUCACUCAGUGAACCCCUCUACGAGAAGGAUAUGGAGUCAAUAUCAGAGGAAUAUGAAUAUGCUUCUGAUCUACCGCACAAUUCUAGAUCAGUGGUUAAGAAAGUUGGUCCUAGGAUUACUGAUGAUGGGAGUGGAAAACAAUGGUACGAAGCUAUGAGCAGGGGUCCUGAUCUGAUUUCGGACCAGAGGGAAGGGUUACACACCAAAAGCAGAGUUUCUAACUACGCAACUGCGAGACUUGAAAAUUCGGAAUCAAGUGGUCCCAGUAGAAAUAUAGGCGUGCCUUAUGAUAGUUGGAAAAACUCCGAGGAAGAAGAGUUUAUGUGGGACAUGCAUUCAAGGGUAUCCGAAACAGAUGUGGCCACUAUCAACCCGAAGAUUGAAUUUCAGGCUUCAGAUGAAUCAGAGAGACUGGAAUCUAAAAAUCACCUCUUAAAACGGCCAAGGUAUUCAGCUGUCGAUCCAAGGCUUGAUCCGGUGAAUUCUUAUUCCAGAGAGCAAAAAGAUUCAAGUAUUCUUGGCCCUUGGACGUCUUCUCCUAGAUCUUUGCAUGAUUCAGAAGUUUUUCCUUCUAUUAGUGCAGCCUCAAAUGCAGCUAGAAAGGGAAUUCAGCCUCAAUCUAGGAUUGCUAGCUCUGGAAUUUUGCCAAUCUCAGGACCUGUGUCAGAUAAACAGUCGAAACAGAAUGUGAGCAAGCAAGAUUCUGGAAGAGCUCACUCCCUCACUCAACGUGAUCCUAGGGCUUCCCGGUUUCCAGCAAAAUCUCAAAGUGAAUCCGUGCGGCCCUUAUCUUCAAGUAGCCAGUUUAAGAACACGAAUACGCUUGAACUGCCCGAUUCAUCUCUAGUUGAAAAGUUUGACUCUAAGUCAACAGCUGAAAAUACUCGAGGACAAGCCAACAUGAAUGAUUUGUUGGCAGCUGUCAUGAAGAGUGGAAUCCUUUCUAAUAAUGCAACUUGUGGUGGAAGCAAGGAGGAGAUGUCUCAAAACGGGGCUGACCCAAGGGCACUAACCCUGUCAGCAGUGUCUAAGGAUAAGACUUUGCCAACUUCAGCCGCUGGCGCAGUGUCACUUACUGAUGUCACAUCAGCACAGACCUCAAAAGAGAAGAGUAAGGCCUCAGAUCCUAUUUCGUCCCUCUUGAGCUCCUUAGUUUCAAAGGGCUUGAUAUCUGCUUCAAAGACGGAGCUGCCAUCUCUCGCUCAAUGUGCGGCUCCUUCCGUUUCACAGGACCAUAGUCCUGAUCAUUCUACCAGUAGUUCUAUGUCUGUGGUUCCAUCAGAUGCUCAGCCAGUGGUUUUGGUGAAGAAGGAUCCUUCCACUGCCCCGAAGGUAGCACCAGUGGAAACAGCAAAACCGGAACCUGAAAACCUCAUAGGAUUGAAGUUCAGAGCAGAUAAAAUCCGUGAACUUCACCCCUCGGUGAUUAGUAGUCUCUUUGAUGACCUUCCACAUCUCUGCACCUCCUGUGGCGUUCGCCUUAAGCAAAAGGAAGAACUUGACAGGCACGUGGAGGAGCUGCACGAUAAGAAGAAGCUCGAGUUAAGUGGCGCGAACAGUAAAUGUAGGGUUUGGUUUCCAAAGGCUGAUGACUGGAUAGCAGAGAAAUCUAGAGAGCUAGAACCUGAAUAUGAGGAAGUUCUGAGUGAAUCCGAGAGUGCUGGUGAGGAUGCUCCCGCCGUAGCUGCUGAUGAGAACCAGAGCGCAUGUAUAUUAUGUGGAGAGAUGUUUGAGGACUAUUUCAGUCAAGAAAUGGAUCAAUGGAUGUUCAAAGGAGCUUCUUACCUUGCCAUUCCUCCGGACGAGAGUGAGGCCAAUGGACCGAUCGUCCAUGCAGCUUGUUUGACCAAGAGUUCUUUACCGGGCUUGGGUGUUGGGAAUGCAAUCAAACAGGAAAUGAUUGAGUAGCCUCCAUAUGAAGGUCAAAGGAACAUGUGCUGGAGGAAGCGGUGGCAUCACAGGGGAAACAGGUUUGGUCGAUUUCACGUGAUGCUAGUUUUGUAGAAAAGUGUCAUGCUUCGAGUUGAGGAAAAAAGAAAGAUGUGCAGUAUUAAAAAAUGAGAAAGAAAUAUAUGCUUUUGUCUCUACUUUUCAUUCUAUACAAAAUACAAAAGAGCAAAGAGGCCUUCCUAAUAUUGCACAUUCCAGAUUCUAUGCCU